GAGUUCUUUCAGGGGGAAACUGAGGCCCAGGGAAGCAGGAGGGAAGGUCGGGGGCGCCUGGUCGUUCGGAGUACAGGUGUCGGGCUGGGGGUUCUCGGCGAUCAGAGUCCCAGGCUGCUUUUCUCCCGUCUCUCCAGAAAGGUAAAUUGAGGCACACCGCCCUUCCCAGGUGCCGCGAGUCCCGACCGCUCCUCUCCCAGCUUGGGCGAGCCGUCAGGUCGGUCAGCGGAGGCCGCUCCGUUGGUGACCUCAGGCUCCGGCCGGUGGCUUCGGGUCUGUUUCUCCUCUUUGCGCGCGGGGUCCGGGCUCCGGCGCGGGCUGGUCUCCCGCAGUUUUGUUGUUUCUCUGCACGCCUUUGCGAGACCACGCCCUCUCCGCGCUAUUGGUCCAACCGCUUCCCGGAGGCGGGUCUCUGGUGCGGGCCACGCCCCUGGCCUGUCAUAUAAGCGCGGCCAGGGGGCGUUCCCGGGAAUUUCCAGCCGCGCCUCCGCCGCGCUGCAGGGGCGCUGGGCGAGCUGGUCUCCGCCGCUCACGGGUUCGAGGCCAGGGUGGGCGUGCCAUGCUGUUCGACAAGGUGAAGGCGUUCGUGGUGCAGCUGGACGGCGCGAUGGCGGGCGCCGAGCCCGUGUUCCGCGGCGGCCAGGAGGUGGCGGGCCGCGUGCUGCUGGAGGUGGGCCCCGCGCUGCGCAUCCCGCCCGUGGCGCCGUCCAUCCUGCAGUGCCGCGUGCUGCAGGUCUCCUACUCGCUCAAGGUCUGCGUGGACAUCCCCGGCACGUCCAAGCUGCUGCUGGAGUUACCCCUGGUCAUCGGCACGGUCCCCCUCCAUCCCUUCGGCAGCCGCUCGUCCAGCGUGGGCAGCCAGGCCAGCUUCCUGCUCGACUGGGUGCCGGGCGCCCUGCUGGGGCCGCUGGAGGCUCCUCCUGCCUAUGCCGACGUGGUGACGGAGGAGGUGGCGACGGCGCCCAGCGCCUUCCCGCGGCCCCCGGACCCGGGCCUGGGCCUGGACGGCCCCUACCUGGCCUAUGUGCAGGAGUUCCGCCUCCGCCCGCCGCCGCUCUACUCGGAGGAGGACCCGAACCCACCCUCGGAGGCCACCAGCGGGCACUGCAGGACCUGCUGAGCGGCCAGCAGCGGCCGCAGGGCGAGGUUGCAGGGCGGCCAUCGCCCCGCCCAGCGCAGCCGGGCGGCUGAGCAAGUCAGCGCCCAGGAGAGUCGCCGGGCGUCUGCUUCCUGUGCCCGCCCCCGGGCAGUGUGGGCUCCCCAGGAAGGACAAAGCCGGUGUGGACACUUGGGGCUUCUUGGGGGGAAGGGCAUUUUACCUGAGGCUUUGACACGGAGGCGGAGGAGGCAGGGGCUUCCCAGGGCUCUGCCCUGCUCAGGGGCGCCGGCUCCACCCCGGGGUGGCCUUGAGGAAUGAGGGCCACAGGUCCUGCCAGUGGGGACUUCUGACACCAGAGCCCCGGGGGAGUGCAGGGCCAGAGCCCCCGCGCCCAGCAAGCUUCUUCCGGAACCCAGGUCCUGGGUGGGCUGAGAAUUUCAAGUUGGA